UAUUCCACAUAUUCCAAUUGUUAAUUGGUAUUACUUUUUUGUAGUUUCUAUAGAAUUUGUAUUUUUCAUAAAAAAAAAAUAUAAACUACGUGAUAUGAUACGUAUUAAACAAGUUUAAAUUGUGAUACGUGAAAGUUAUAGUUUAUGUGAAACGUUGUUUAUAAUGAUUAAUGUGUAAUAAUAAAUAUAACACUGAUAUUUAACAUCUCUCAUAACCUCAAUAACAGGCCACAAUGUUCCAAGGGUGCAAGUCUCUGUGCUUUGGUACAUUUCGACCUCAACAGCUGCAUAAAAAAUGUGUUAGUUCACUAUCCAAAUCUGAAAUCAUACAACGAAGGAAUGUCCUGUUCAAUGAGGAGAAAAAGAAACAAAGAGCAGCCAUUGGUAGGAUAGAGAAGAUAGAAGUGAAAUAUUUGUCACCACAGGCGGAGGCGACUUUAGUGAUGAAUAAACACAUUUCAACACCCUACGACUGUACGAAACACAUAUCUUCUAAUGUGUCAACAGUUGCAGCCUUGGCAGUAGUCGACGGUAAACCCUGGGACAUGAAUGAACCAUUGGUCAAUGAUUGUGAGUUGAAAAUUUUAACUAUGAAUACACCGGAAGUAAGGGAAGUGAACAAUGCUUUUUGGCGAACGUGUUCAUUUAUUCUCGGUUACGUAGCAAAUUCUGCAUUUAAAGACAAUGUUGAAUUGCAUUUACACAGCUUUUUGUAUCCAAUCAUAAAAAGUGGAAGUUUCACCUAUGACGUUCAUAUAAAUCUUCCCGAAUGGAUACCAACGCAAGCUGAACUUUUAGCAAUGUCUGCAUUAUUUAAAAAUGCCUCAGAAAAGCAGUGGCUUUGCGAAAGGUUAAAAGUCCCUCCCAAUGUAGCUUUAGAUAUUUUUCAAGAUAAUCCUUUCAAGUUUAAGCAAAUACCAAACAUUGCUGAAAAGAAUGACAAUAUGGUGACACUUUAUCGAAUAAAUGAUCACAUUGACAUUAGUAAAGGUCCAAUGGUAGGAAAUACUGGCAUCGUGGGCCGUUGCUCGGUCACAGCUGUCCACAAAUUAAAAUCAGAAGACGAGAGCGAGAAUUUAUAUCGUAUUCAAGGCGUUGCGAUACCCAGGGGCAUUGCGAUCAAUCACUUCGCAUAUGGAAUUCUAGAGAAGAGGUCUAAAAAAUGGAAUCUUACAAAUUUAAAGUGGAAAUCAAAAUCGGAACAAGAGGAGGGGGAGGUUAAACUAGAAGCUGCUGCGUCGCAAUGAUAAUUUUUAAAAUAAGAUUGUGUAAAUAAAUUUUCAAUACUAA